UUUGAUUCUAUUUUCGUUGUCAUUUUGGUCUCUUUGUGUGGCAGGAUAUUGAUUUUUGUCCAAGAUUAUGUUUUCCAAUAGUGAAUGAACUUUGUCAAGUUUAUAUGUAGACAUGAAAUCUAAAGAUUCGUAAAUAAAUUGAAGAGCAACACCCCAUAAAGCUGCCGAAAUGGAAGAACUUUCCGGAGUGAUGAUUGUAAUAAUCAUCGGUGGUGGAGUGCUGGGCGUAACGAUUUGUUUUAUUAUUGCAAAACGACAAAUCGUACGCUUCACGCUUCGACAACGCCGUGGUCCGCAUGUGGCAGUUGGACACGAUGCUAAAAAAUCAAUUAAAAAAGAGAUCGAAAGACGCAUUGAUUGCAUUCAGAAAAUUUAUUUCGAACCAAAGCUCUUAUGGGAUGAUAUAAAGGAUGGUGAUAAGUAUAUUUUGCAGCCGGACUCUAAUAUUCCGCCUUAUUACUAUCGAAUGAAGGCAAUGGACGACGUUAAGGAACUUGAAAAAGAAAUAGCCAAACAAGAUGGCUCUACACGGCACCCAAGAGAUAGCUUGAGAGCGUUUCUGUUAACAACUUUAGCUGCACCUCUUAAUGGAGCUGGGCAACGAUUAAUUCAUCAGUUUUGCGACAUGUAUGAACAUGCGCGUCACGAUCCUAACGAAUUCGGAGAGGAAGAAUAUCAAGCGUACCAAAGAUUGCUGAAAAAGAUCUGUGAUGCAGCAAAACUGUUAAAAACAUUUAGUAACAGUCGAAAGUCAUCUCCCAGUCGAACUCCUGUGAAGAAACAGAGCAAAAUGCAGUCCCUUCUGGACCCCUCCCGUCUGAGGCCACCACCAAUGACUGCAACAGGGGGUGGUAUUACCGGGGGCAACACCGGUAAUCAAAAUGCUCGCCUCAACUUGUCCCUCGGAGUUCAACUUCAGCAUCAGCAAGAGCAGCAGCUACAGCUUCAGGAAGAGUUGGGCGAGAAUGAAAUACUGAGCAUUUCGCAGUAUCAUGGAGAAACAGAAACCUUUGCCAUACACAGGUCUUUCAAAGAUUGAUAUGGUUUAGAGAGAUCGAUCGAAAGGCAACGGAUCUACUGCGUAGAGGGUACAUACGAUUGAUCUAGUUUCUAGUGAAAUAAAGCUGUUGGUGA